GUGGCGACGUGAGGAGAGAGCGAAGGAAAUGACUGGAGCCCACAAAAACAAAAGGGAUGUUGUGCUACAAAUAACACAGCAGUGAUUAUUAAUGGCGUUUAAAGUGUGCGUCCGCGAGAAAACAUGCGCGCUCUGACCAUUAUUACGCAGCUCAUCAGCUGGCGCGGCUGAAAUCCUCCUCUCCUUUUUUUUUGGAUUGUGGAUUGUGACAAGUGCCAGGAGGGACAACUACACCAAAACCAGGACCGGGACUUACAGCGGUUGCCGUGGAACUGUCACGCCUCCACCUGUGAGAAACUGGAGCUUCCUCCAGUUUUCGCUUGACAGACAGCGCACACUCCCGGAGCCAAGACGUUGUUCCGCGGAGACCCGGUUCCGAGCAGCGCAGUCCGUGCAGUGGGAAGGUCGGCACUCGGCGUCCUGCAGGCCGGAAACAUGAUGGUCCAAUGUGCCGGGUGCGAGCGGCCCAUCUUGGACCGCUUCCUGCUCAACGUGCUGGACAGAGCGUGGCACGCCAAGUGCGUGCAGUGCUGCGACUGCAACUGCAACCUCACCGAGAAGUGCUUCUCCAGAGACGGGAAGCUCUAUUGCAAAAUGGACUUUUUCAGGCGGUUUGGCACGAAGUGUGCGGGCUGUCUGCAGGGAAUCCUGCCCAACGACUUGGUGCGCAAAGCCCGCAGCAAGGUGUUCCACCUGAACUGCUUCACCUGCAUGGUGUGUAACAAGCAGCUGUCCACGGGAGAGGAGCUCUACGUGAUAGACGAGAACAAGUUCGUGUGCAAAGAAGACUACUUGAGCACCGUGGCCAUUAAGGAAGUCAACUUGAAUUCAGUGUCAUCGUGUACGGACAGGAGUUUAUCGCCGGAUCUGCAGGAUCCAGCACAGGAGGACAUAAAAGAGACGGACAAUUCCACGUCCUCAGAUAAGGAAACGAACAAUAUUGAGAACGAGGAGCAGAACUCGGGGACGAAGCGGCGGGGGCCCCGGACCACCAUCAAGGCCAAGCAGCUGGAAACGUUAAAGGCCGCGUUUGUCGCCACGCCGAAGCCGACCCGACACAUCCGGGAGCAGCUGGCGCAGGAGACGGGUCUGAACAUGCGGGUGAUCCAGGUUUGGUUCCAGAACAGAAGAUCCAAAGAGCGACGAAUGAAGCAGCUGAGUGCUCUGAGCGCCCGGCGGCACACCUUUUUCAGAGGCCCAAGGAGGAUGAGGUCCCUGGGAGGCCGGCUGGAGGAUGCAGACAUUUUGGGACCUGGGGCUUACGGCUACUACGGAGAAUACCAAGGUGACUAUUAUGGACCGGGGAAUAACUACGACUUCUUCCCUCACGGUCCUCCGUCUUCUCAGGCUCAGUCUCCGGCUGAGUCUCCCUACAUCCUGGGCUCUGGGCCCGGAGCCAUGGAGGGAUCGGGACACCACCCUUCAGACGACCAAAGGUUCACGGACAUGAUCUCCCAUGCGGAAACACCGAGUCCAGAGCCCGGCUUACCCAGCUCCCUGCAGCCUGUCCCGGGGGAGGCGUACGGUGGUGGACCCAGUCCUCCUUUCUCCUUGGCUAGUAACUCCAGCUACAGCGCCCCUAUGUCUCACCAAGGCCAGGAGAUGGGAGAAACUACAGCCUGGUAAAGGAGGCACCACAGGGACUAUUCUUGGGCUGAAUGUCAUUUCAGUCUAGUUAAUUCAGGAGACGAGUGGAGGAAAAAAAAGACAUUGUGGAGUGGAAAUUUCUAUGGAAGACGGUCAGCUGAUGAAUUGAUGGACACAGACAUGGAAUCUAGAAUGGGAUAGCUUAUUGGAAAAUAAGAUAAAUAAUAAUAUUUGCGGCCCAGUAAACGUUCCAAAGCAUAUCCUUCACUGGAUUACUGGACUUGAACUAU